UACCACAGUCUGCCGCUCUCAGCUCUCCACCGCGCAGCUUUUAACAUUCCUCCUCCUCCUCAAACCCCAGCCGUCGGGACCAAAAACUACCAGAGGACAGACCGUUUUGUUAACACUUCACCACAUUCCUACAGAGCAGAGAAACUUUUGGAGAUCACCUGGACGCUCUUACUUCCUGGUUAUAUAACCUUUGCUGCACUUGAACGAAACCUCUACAUUCCAGACUUGGGCCCUGAGCGGACUUCGACUUAAUUUUUUCCCUCUCUUUAUUUUAAAGUAUCCCAAGGCUGUUCUCCUCUAAAACGUUCGAGUGUCAGGAGCCAGCGAAACCAUCCUAGGUGUUAUUGCACAACCUUAAAGUAGUCUUAAGUGAGUUUUUACUUCCCGUGUUUAGUCUUAAGUUAAGUGAGCUAACGGUGAACAAUGGCUUCGAGCUCUGUGGAUGCCGUGAAGAGGAAGAUUCAGGUUUUGCAGCAGCAGGCCGACCAGGCAGAGGACCAGGCUCAGAUGCUACAGAGAGAGCUGGACAGUGAACGGGAGAUCCGAGAGAAAGCGGAGGGUGAUGUAGCAGGCCUGAACCGUAGGAUUCAACUGGUGGAGGAGGAGUUGGACAGAGCCCAGGAGAGGCUGGCUACAGCGCUGCAGAAGCUGGAAGAGGCUGAGAAGGCUGCAGAUGAGAGUGAGAGAGGAAUGAAGGUGAUUGAGAAUCGAGCAAUGAAGGACGAGGAGAGGAUGGAGAUCCAGGAGAUGCAGCUGAAGGAGGCCAAACACAUUGCAGAGGAGGCUGACCGUAAAUAUGAGGAGGUGGCUCGCAAGCUGGUGAUACUGGAGGGAGAUUUGGAGAGAGCUGAGGAGAGGGCUGAUCUUUCUGAGUGCAAAGCCAGUGACCUGGAGGAGGAGCUGAAAAAUGUGACUAACAACCUGAAAUCCUUAGAAGCUCAGUCUGAGAAGUACUCAGAAAAAGAGGACAAGUACGAGGAGGAAAUCAAAAUACUGACUGACAAACUGAAGGAGGCUGAAACCCGUGCAGAGUUUGCGGAGAGGACAGUGGCCAAACUGGAAAAGACCAUCGAUGACCUGGAAGAGAAAUUAUCAAGUGCCAAAGAGGAGAACCUGGGUAUGCACCAAGUCCUGGACCAGACCUUACAGGAACUCAACAGCUUAUAAACACACAGAGAGGAAACUGGAGAGGAUGAUGUUGUCAUCAUCACAUUCCAUCUCAUGUUCGACUCCAUUCCACAUUUCGGGCUGUAAAAUCUCUAUUCCCUCAUGUAAUGGGGGGCGGGGGGGUUAACUUAAUGGUUGUCCCCUGAGGGUGUUUCGGCACAACUUUUGUUUCUUUUUUAAUACUGAAGGUCUUUUUGAAAUUGUCUUCUUUUUUUUUUUAAUCUCCAGAUAUAAUUGCAGAAAUCCUAUACAGAAAUGUAUUUUUGGCCACUCAUUUGGAAAGAACUGGCAGUUGAUACACCCACGGGAACCUCUUAUUUGGUCAGUCAACCACUUACACAGCCUCAGUUUUAUAUUUUUGUGUGCACAUACAUUAUGCCUGUCUUAUAUAGAAACACAUAAGGCUACAGAUGGUGUUGGGGUUUCUCUCACUCCUCAAUAGUGCAGCUCUGAAGCGCCACCCGGUGGUAAAAUAAAAGCCAGUUUACUUUUUUCAAUGACGUCACAACAUCCGUGGAAGCUACAGGUCACUUUACAGGAAGGUUUGAAGAAAGAUAUAAAGUGAGAUAUUUCUAAAAUAAAACGUGCAGUUGUCUACAUGCUCUUGGUAACCAUUUUAUUAGAAAUACAAUAUAUUGUAUUACAUGAGUGAGUGAAACCCUCAACCACUGGAAGCUGGGUUAAGUUUUGCCAACCAUGGAUACCUAUUGUAUAUAGUAGAAUAAUUUUAGGUAUGUGAGAGGUUGUAAUGUUUGACUUUUUUGAGGAGAGGUGGGGUUACAGGUGGGGUUAAGGGUUUCAUUUUUGCCACAGGAACUCUCAAGACCAAAGAACACACGUGAGGCGGAUCUUAAAUUGUUAAAUUCUUUAUUUUCGUUUUAUUCUAAUGGUCUCCGUGGUGUCAUCUUGUGCCAGGGCCAUGAGUAGCAUCUCAUUUUGAGUAAAGCUGUUUUGACAUAUUUCAUUCUCCAACCCCUCUACGUCAGUCUAAUAAAUGUUUUACAGAUACCACAA